AUGCCGUUGUUAAAAGUACCUUCCACAAAUAAUCACUAUCCUAAUAUUAUUGGUGUUGGGUUCGCUAAGGUGGACCCUUCCUUCACUUCUACCUUAUCAAUACCGAGAGGAUUUCUUCCUGACGACUCUUCGAAAUGA